UGUGUAUAUAGGGCCAUAACUUCACCUCUGCGUCGCAUUCCAGGCCCGUUUUUCACUACCUUCACACGACUACCCCUGAAACUGGCGACCAUAAGCGGCAAACAGCUUUACUACAUCCAUCGACUCCACCAAGAAUAUGGCCAGAUUGUGCGCAUUGGUCCAGACGAGGUGGCGGUAUCCUCUUUGGCCGAUUUCAAGGAGAUCCACCGUGUGGGUUCGGGGUUUAUCAAAGGCGAGUGGUAUACACGACUUACUAAUGGUAGGCUGGGCAUCUUCGCCAUGCGAGAUCCAAAAAUGCAUGCGCAGCGAAGAAGACUUUUCGCCAAGCCCUUCUCCAAGUCGGAUCUUCGACGCACCUGGGAGCCUGUAGUAAGGGAUAAGGUUGAGUUGGCAGUUUCGCAGAUCCUAAAUGAACUCCAAAAUAACGGCGUGUCGGAUAUCCUGAAGUGGGAUACUCUCAUGGCAACGGAUGUCAGCACGCAUUUGAUGUUUGGGGAGUCUUUCGAAAUGCUGCGCGUGGGCAAGAAAAAUGAGUACAUUCGGACCCUCGAGUCUGCUAUGAUGGGGAGCGGCCUCAGCGUGGAACUACCUUGGUUCAGAACCAUUGGCCGAUAUAUCCCAUCCGAGUCAUUCCGGAGGCUGUUCAGGGCAGGGGAUUACCUCUUCGAAUAUGGAAAAUUAGCAGUUGUCAACGGCCGUCAGAAGGGUGAUUCUACUAACAAUAUCUUUUCGGGUAUAAUCAGUGAAAGUGAAAAGAACGAGGCAACUUUGACUGAUGGAGACGUGGCCAUGGAAGCCGGAAACUUGAUCAUGGCCGGCUCUGAUACCAUGGCAGUCACACUCACGUACCUAAUAUGGGCAGUUCUAUCGCAACCAGCGCUACGCUCACAGCUUGAAAGUGAGCUAGCUAACUUGAGUGACGACUACAAGGAUGCUGAUCUCGAGACACUUUCAUUACUCAAUGCGAUCAUUAUGGAAACUCUGAGGUUAUAUGGCGCCGCCCCGGGAUCACUUCCUCGAUCUGUCCCACAGGGAGGUGUCACUUUUUCUAAGUAUUAUCUACCACACGGGACGACUGUGACCACGCAGAGCUACACGAUGCACCGUAACCCAAAUAUCUUUCCCAACCCAGAGGAAUUUGACCCUACACGCUGGCUGCAAACGAAUCACGAAGUCUCUGAUGAGGUCAAAGUUGCUUUCUCGCCUUUUGGUACUGGUUCUCGUGGUUGUCUCGGUAUACACCUGGCGUGGAUGGAGCUGCGGCUUGCAGCGGUUGAAUUUUUCCGUCGAUGCGGUAAUGUUCGGCUCUCACCAAGUCUGAAAAAAGAGGAUAUGAAGCCCGUUCACUACUUUCUUAUUGCACCUUCUGCCCAUAAAUGUGAAGUGGUCAUGGAUACAUAA